CUUACUGGGCGCAUACUGAUUGGCUGGCUCCAGGUGGCCUGAUGGGGGUAGGGAAUCUUACCAUUUCGGGGGAAAUCUAAACUUAGGUCCGGGCCACCUGUCAUGGUGUUAGCCCUGGCAGCCUCACACAGUCCUUGCCCAUCAGGUGGUUGCACUGAUGGCGCCUGGAAAGCAGGGCCUGGUGGGGAGUCAGUUCUGAAAACAGGGGAGCAGGGGCUGAGUAUGAGGCGUGGUGGCUGGGGCUUUGUGUCCUUUCCUCACCAGCGGCUGACCUCUGACCCCAGCCCACUCUGAACCCUGACCCUUGUUGCACACUGAGUGCCGACCUCGACCUCAGAAUGACUUUCAGACCAUCACUUCUUUUUCUAAAAAAUGUCAGUGAGUGAGAGUGAGAAUGGGCCAGUGCAGACUUCCCACGGAGGGCUCCAGGCCUUUUAAGCCAGGCGGUGUGUGCGAGAGUGUGUUGUGUGUAUGUUGUAUAUGAGGUGUGCCUGCGGUCUGUGUGUGCCAUAUGCACAGUUGGUAUUCAUGUAAGUGCACUAGUGCAUGCUGCAUGUUACAUGUUUUGCAAGCUGUCAGUGUUGCAUGUGUUAUGUGUGUUAUGCAUGCAUGUGGGCAGUUUUUGUACAUGUGUGCAUUUUGCGUGCGUGUGUUAUGUGUGGGUGUGUGUGGCAGUGGAUAUGCCGUGUGUGCAGUGUGUGUCUACAUUGGGUGUGCAGAUGUGCUGAGAGCUGUGUUGUGUGCAUUGCACGUGUGUGUGUGCUGAGGGUGCGUCCUCUGUACCGUGUCUGUGUGGAGCUGCUGUGUGUGCGCUGUGGGCACUGCUUGCUGUGUGGGUGCUGCCUGUACAUGGGCCAGGCAGGCCGAGCGACGGCCCACCCUGGGCCCCUGGCGGGGCUCCGGUCUGUCCGCCUGGGCAGGACAGCACCCUGAAGGCGAGCUUCCUCUCGGCCUCCAUCAUGCUGGUGAAAGCUCUCAGUCAGGAGAGCAGUGCCUGGAGCUACAAGUUCACACAGACCCUGGAGUUGAUCCAGUGUCUCCUGGUCAGUGACCCCAGGGGCCUGUGCGGGGAUGGAAGGCCGGGCAGGCAGGUGGGCGCCUCCCCCAUGCUGGCUCCCACCCGCCCCCCAGUGCAUCCUGGAGAAGGAGCCCAACUUCCUAGCCAACCUCUUCCGGCAGAAGAUCAUACUGGUCAUCAUGGAGCUGAGCCACUUACGGCCCCGGCUCAAACCCAAGUCAAGUCCAGAAUCUUGCAGACCUGCCCGCAGAGCUUGUACAACCUCCCCCCCAUGGAGAUGCUGAAGUCCAGCCUGCCGCCACUGGAGCUGGCCCCAGACGUUGUGGGGCUGUACCAGAAGUCCAUGCAAGUGCUUGACCUGCUCCUCCAGGCCUUCGUCUCUGAGAACGAGAGCACGGAUGAGAUCUGCUUCCUCCUGCAGCACGCGGAGCCCUGGCUGAAGUCGAGCAAAAGCUACAAGCGCAAGCGGGUGGUGCAGUCUGUCUUCCUGCUCCUCAAGUACGUGGCGGACUACGUGAAGCUCACCGAGGAGGCCAUGCCCUCAGGGCUGGGCCGCCAGGUGGGCCUGCUGCUGCUGCUGUGGCAGGACCGGGACCAGCUCACCCGGAGCCACUCCCACCAGUGUGUCUACCUCUUCCUGCAGCUUCUGAUCCAGCAGAAGGGGAGCAUGUAGUCGGAGUUCAUGCAUCUGAAUAAAAUGAAGAACUUUGAAGCAAAGGCUCACAAAGAUUCUGAGCUGAAGUUCUAUAGUUCGGUGAAGGUGGCCGAGAUCCUGCAGGAGCUGUUUCAGGAGCUGCCCUGCAUCAUUUUCACGAGCAUCCUGAGACCAUAAUGAAGGCCGUGAUGGUGCUGGGCAUGCAGCACACGCAGCAGACUGUCAAAGUGAUUCGGUCCUUGUGCCCUCCCUCAGAGAGGCAGGUCACGCCCCUGUGGAAGGCCCUGGCCACCAACAGCCGGCUGGCCUGCAAGGUCGUCAUGAAGUUGAAGCUGCGGCUGCCCCGGGAGCUCAUCAAGGCCCCUGUGCAGGCCGAGCUUGUUUCCCUGCUGGACAUGCCUGGAGGUCCUAAAGGGUCUCUUCUGGACCACCAAUUACCGGGAGGUGUUUGCCCACCUCAAGCUGCUGAGGGGCUGGGAGAUCUUUGAGCACCUGGAAACCUACACUGAAGGGGUGACCCUCCUGGCCAGAAAUGUCAUCUAUAGCGGUGGCAAGAAGUUCCAGCAGGCGCUCAAGAGCCGCGCCUUCCAGGCCCUGGUGCCGCUACUCCUCCACCUGGCCCACCCCUGCCCUGAGGUGGUCACGAAGACAAAGUUAACCUUCUUGCGCUGUGCCAUCCUGCUGAAGUGGGAGUUCCAGAAGGAGCUAUUCAGCAAGUUGGCUUGGGGUCAUGGCCCAGGCGCUGAGAACGACAUUUUUAUCUACACGGUGGAGAGCAACUUCAACAGCUACCACCAGUUUCUGAUGCAGUGGCUGGUGUACAUACAUGGACAGCCCCAACAGGCGCCUGAAGCUCACAGCCAUGAAGUUCAUUGGGGGCAUCCUGCAGGUCUACUUCACCGAUCUCUGCUUCUACCUGAAGAAGUGCGACAUGAAGACUCUCGAGAAAUGUAAGCACAGGGCCACCCUGAGCCGCAUGGGAACUGCCCUGAUGCUGGAGUGGCCUCAGCCCCUCCCCAGGGCGGGCCGUCAUCUUCCCCUUGAGAACUGAUCCCAGGACAGGCCGUGACCUACCGACCCCCCCACCCACACCCUACGUGGGCCCUGGGGACAGGCUGUGACCCCCCCGUACCGCUCUGAUGGAGCCCCCAGAAGGGCAGUGUCCUCAAAGACCAGAUUCCCAGUGCAGGUCCUGUCCCCUCCCUCUGUGCUUGCCCUCCGCACCACGGCCAGCUGUGCGGCGGCUGGAGGACCCUUGGGUCUCUGCUGCCAACUUUGAGACGCUCAGGCAGGACCCGGACUCCGUGAGCCGCAAGUUCUUCAAGCACUUCUCCGAAGACAUCGCAGAGCUGUCGCAGUGCGUCAUGAUCUGGAUCAGCCUGGGGCUGCCGAUCCUUGCAGUUGGUUUUGUUGUAUUAUGUUGUGUUUUUUGGUUCUGUAUUAAAUAUGAAGAGUUUCUUCUGGA